AUGGCGACGGCCCAGCUGUAUUGCGUCUGCCGGCAGCCGUACGAUGUGAGCCGGUUUAUGAUAGAAUGCGACAUUUGUAAAGACUGGUUUCAUGGCAGUUGUGUUGCGGUAGAAGAGCACCAUGCUGUGGACAUUGAUGUUUACCACUGCCCAAACUGUGACCUCCUUCACGGACCCUCCCUGAUGAAGAAGCGAAACAAUUGGCACAGGCAUGACUACACAGAGCCAGAUGACAGCAGUAAGCCAGUGCAAGCUGGCACUUCAGUGUUUGUACGGGAGCUGCAGGCCAUGACCUUCCCUAGUGGGGAUGAAAUCUUGGAGCGAAUGCAAGGCAGUCAGGUCACCCAGCAGUAUCUUGAGAGGCACGGGUUCCGCUAUCCCAUCGCUGUGCCCAAAAUGGAAGGGCUCGGUCUGCAGUUACCUCCGCCAGAUUUCUCCAUCAAGGAUGUGGAGCGCUACGUUGGAGGGGACAAAGUGAUUGAUGUCAUCGAUGUGGCCCGGCAAGCAGACAGCAAGAUGAAAUUAAGCACAUUUGUAAAGUACUUCUACUGCCCAAAGAGGCCAAAAGUACUAAAUGUCAUCAGCCUGGAGUUUUCAGACACCAAGAUGUCAGGGCUGGUGGUGGUGCCUGAUAUUGCCCAGAAGAUGUCUUGGGUGGAGAACUACUGGCCAGAUGACUCUUACUUUCCCAAGCCCUUUGUGCAGAAAUACUGUUUAAUGGGCGUUAAAGACAGCUACACUGACUUCCACAUUGAUUUUGGGGGCACAUCUGUGUGGUACCAUGUACUAUGGGGAGAGAAGAUUUUUUACUUAAUAAAGCCGACCCCAGCCAACCUUGCAUUAUAUGAGCAGUGGAGCUCGUCCCCCAACCAGAGCGAAGUAUUCUUCGGGGAAAAAGUGGACAAGUGCUACAAGUGUGUUGUGCGGCAGGGAACGACGCUUCUGAUCCCUACAGGAUGGAUUCAUGCAGUUCUCACCUCUCAGGAUUGCAUGGCUUUCGGAGGGAACUUCCUCCAUAACCUCAACAUUGGCAUGCAGCUCAGGUGCUAUGAGAUAGAGCGGCGUCUUAAGACUCCAGACCUCUUUAAGUUUCCUUAUUUUGAGGCAAUUUGCUGGUAUGUAGCUAAGAAUCUACUAGAGAUCCUCAAAGAAUCUCGAGAAGAGAACUACCUGCCUCCAGACUACCUGAUCAAGGGAGUGAAAGCUUUGAUCACUGCACUGAGGAACUGGCUAAAGAGAGAGUUCACAGAGCCAGCCAUCGAGGUCCCUGAUCAUAUCAGACCCAACCAUCUCAUUAAAAUGCUCACCAAAGAAAUGCACUACCUUGAGGAGUAUCAGAAUGGGAAUUUUGGAAACAAGCAAUUGAAAUCUCAGGAAAGCUUAGCAUGCCCAUGCACGAGGUCAUCGCACGAGAGAGGGUCUCAUGCAAGGAGGAACGCCAGGCGUCUUCGUGAGCACCACCACCACCACCAUCAUCACCACUCUAAUGGCCCCAAAGUCCCCUCCAACCUAGAUAUCUUUGAGCAGCACACACAAGAAGUCUUAAAACAACUGGAGACAGGUCCUUAUGAGGAGUAUGCAUCCUUUAACAUGAAGGUCAACAAGUUCAACAAGGUUUCUACAGCAUCAGCUGCAAUGGUGGAGCAGAGCUUGGGCAGUGACCUGCGUCUGGUUCUUUGCAAUGGACGUAUUAUCAGAGAUGACAAGCAUCUUGGAGAAAAGAAAGUGGAGAUAAAUGAAAAAGAGGGUUCCAGAGAUCCAAAGAGGGAUUCACUCAAGAUUAAGAUUGUAGCAAUCAAGGAAGAACAGGAAAUGGAUAUUCACAUGAACGAGGAGGCACAAGAUAAGCACAGUCAUGUCGCUAGAGAAGUGAAGCCUCUGUUCUUCACAGUGAUAGAUCUUCAUAAAAGAGACCGUUCAGAUCUCAGGAAUAGAGAAUCAGAACAUUCAGAGGUCUGCUCAGACUCUGAAUCAGAGGAAGAGGAGGACACUACAUGGAAAAAAAACUGCUCUGAGGAGGAAUCAGAAUGCUCCUCAGAGGAAGAGGAAGAUGAAAUUUCAAGCAGGCAGAGCGGAAAUGACCGAAAUGAGACCAAAUGUAGCUCCAACUACAUGAAAGACAUUCAUCUCUCCAGACAAAGAUUUGAUGGUUUUGAGAAGUGUCUUAAAAGUGAACCCGCUACCUCACCAAGCACAGAAGAGUAUGCCAUCCAGGGGAUGCUUUCUAUGGCAGGGCUGUUGUAUUCCCACCAAUCAGAGGAUCCCACCAGUUCACAGGAAUCCUGGUGGUCCAGAACCAACCAUCCCUCCCGAGACUACAAUAGAAAGGAGGUUGUAUCAGGAGAGGAGAACCAGGAUUCAGACAGCAGCUCUUCCAUGAGCAAUCAGGAGUUCAGGGAGCGUAAGAAUUCAGAAGGAGGUUGUCAUGCCAAACUCAAGCAUAGGAUCCAGGAACACAAGAACUUCAUGGACAGUCAGGGCAGUGGCAGCAACAGCAGCAGUGAAGCUUGGAGCAGUCGCACACACUCCCCAACCAAUGGAGACAGCCCUACAAUGAGCUACCAAUACUGUGAGACAUCUCUAUCACCACCCCUACAUCCCUCCAAGAAGCCUGCUUCAAAUCCCCCACCAAUCAGCAAUCAGGCCACCAAAGGGAAACGUCCUAAGAAAGGUAUGGCUACAGCUAAGCAGCGAUUGGGCAAGAUUCUCAAACUUAGCAGACACAAACCCUUCUUUGUAUAGAGCUAUACAGCAGUCCCUACAGAAGAUUUGGGAUGCUGAGCGGGUGCAAGUGUUUGUGCACCUGUGUGAGUGCAUUCACACAAACACUCAUGGAGAAAGUGUUUUUUUAUUAUGUUCUACACACUGGGUCAAAAGCAUGGAAUUGGAUACCAAUCAACCCUUAAAGCGUGGAUCUUCACGGCUACAUUGAUUUGAUUUGAAAGGCAUAAAAAGCACUUCACCCUAAAUGGAAAUGGAUACCUGUAGGCCUAAGUCGACUGAAAGGAAAUAAGGCAAAAAGGAAAUAGAAUAGCAUUUUUUUUUAGGCUAUCUGUUCUUAGAUAUGGUGUCCAAAAUCUAAUUUGCUCUACAAAAGCUUAGACUAGCAUGAUGCUAGUCUCCUUCCUGCUUUUUUUGUUGGGAGUCCAUGUGACUUCUUGGAUGUUGAAUUGAAAUCUCCAUGACUUGGAUAUAAGGCGGAAAUUGAGCGAUUUAAUGAUUUCCUAAAGGUGCUUGACUUUUUUUGUCUUCUCGUUCUCUUACUGCAUCCAAUUUUUUUCUAACAAAUUAAUUUAGAAAGGGCAGUGUUCCUUGAUAAACUUUCUCAAAAGAUGAAAAUCAACAUGGGACGAUGACUGCUUGAACUACCUGCAUCUCUAUCAAUCAGUGGACUGAGUUCUCACAUUUUGGGAGAAAUUAAAUUAGUAGAAAAAAUAUAUAUAUUUUUGAGAGCGUUUGUAUUAAUCUUGUAUUGAUAUAUUUUACAUUGCGUGCUAACUGCUUAGGCGCUCUGUGUAUAGUUAUUUGCUCCUGUAUUGCCACCUAGUGGGGAUCUGGAGACAGACUCCUAAAUGUAUGUACAGAUUUCUAUGUACCAGCAGGCAUUUUCCCUUAAUUUAUUCCAGAUUUAUGUUGCUUUUCUUUUUUUUUUUUACAAACUUCUAUAAAAUGAUGUAUUUAUUGCUUAUGAAAGAGAACAAUUACUUUAUUUCUUUUGAGCAUUGUAAGAAGGUGUAUUCUCACUUGGGGUUGUACAGUGGAUUUACUCUGAACCUGUUUAGAUAUUUGGUGCAAAAACUCAAACAUUUUUCAAAUUAUCAACCAUAUAUGUAUAUUUCAUUGUGGGUGAGAACAAAAAUAAUGUUGAACCUUGGUAUGCGAGCAGUAUAUUUUGUAAUAAGAUACAAUAUUUAAUCAAAAUGCCUGCCCAUGUUUCCAUUUGUGUUCUGUUAAACUAAUUAAAUUUGACCUCAUGGUGUCUUGUUCAUAGUAUUCUUUUUU